AUGGGGACCCCGGCCGGGCAGCUGCUCCUCCUGAUGGCCAGGCUGGGUCUGCUCUCCAUGCUGGGGGCCCAGGGGCCCCUGCUGAUCCCCGCCAGCGUUCAGGAAGUGAAGGGCUCUGUGAGGCUUUUAGGAACAUGGUAUAUAGAGCACUGGGCCAGGACCCUAGAUAUCCCCAGGGAAAAGACGCUCCACCCCCCUGCCACCUUCACCUCCGUGAUCAACAUCAAUGCUGCUUUGGAAAUAGAAUGCACAUCAUCUAGGCACACGGCAAACCUUGGGACUGGCUUCUGCGGAGACGAGGAACGGAGGCCUCUCGUGCAGAGGACGGGCGGGCCAGUGGUUAUGCUGAUGCGCCUGGUGGGCCCCCGGCGGGCUUAUCCUGCAGCUCAGCGCUGUAGUCACCCUCCUUCGGGCUCCGGGACCCCCUCUGACCCCAUGGGCCCCAGCAAGUCCAACCUGUGUCCCUUCCAGGGACAACCCUCCACCCUGAGCAAGGUCCCGCCCUUCCCUGGAUUGCGCACGCCCCUGGCGGACAGAGCCGGGAAGGCCUGGAUGCGGGUGCGAUGCGCCACUGCCCGCUGGGGGGGGGCUCGGGUGCAGCUUCUGAGCCCCUGGCUCCCGCAGGGAGAGGCCGGGCCCAGGGAGCUCGAAGGGGCACACGCCCUGGGGGGCCGAGGGCCGCAUCGAGAGACCAGCCGAUUCUAG